AGCAAAGGAGAGAAGGAGCUUUGUUGACCAACUGGGAGGUCACAGUGACCAAAGCUGGGGUGGUCGUAGGGGACUAUAAAAGUUUAAUGCUCUUUCCUCAAUGAUCAGCAGUGUGUAAAAGGCAGACACUCCAGCAUGAAGCGGUGUCUGCUGUUGUUGCUGGCGUUUGUGUGCGUGCAUGGUGCUCCUGCAGGCCCAUCACAGUCUUCUUGCAAGGAUGCAACCACUACCUUUGUUGCUUCAGAUGUAAUAAACAAAAUCAACCUGGAUCGCACCACGGGUUACGUCUUCAGCCUGGAACGUGUCAGCAAUGUCCAUCAGACACGCCACGGUGAAACUGGGGUGGUGUAUUACCUAACAAUUGAUAUCACUGAAACUGAAUGCCAUGUCCUUAGUAAGAAGAAUUCUAACGAGUGUGAGACUAGGAACAUUGGUGAAAACCCAGUGUAUGGUCAGUGUAAGGCUGUGAUCUAUGUAAAUAGACCUCAAAGAGUCUCUCGUCUCUACAAAUACAGCUGUUCCGUCAGGCCAGUCGCUGCCUCCAAAAUCUAUGCAGCGUGCCCUGAUUGCCCAGUUCUGUUCCCACUGGAUCAUAAAGAAGUAGAAAAGACGAUGAAGAUGGGUUUGGAGAAGUUUAAUAAGGAGAGUGGGCUCCCAAAUUACUUUGCUCCUCUUAAUAUUACAAGAGCAAUCUCACAGGGUGGUUUGAUCAUUAUGUACAGUGUGGGGUUCACCAUUCAGGAAACAGUUUGCUCCAACAAAACCGAUAUAGCUGAGGCUUCGAAUUGUGGCUUGAUGACUUGCGAGUUUGCACACAAAGGAUUCUGCGAAGCCACACACACUCUCUCCAAUGGUCAAGUAUACUUUAACUCUAAGUGUGAAAUCUAUGAACCUCAGACUGCAGAGGAGGAAAAGAAGAAGCAUUUGAAUGCUGACAAGAUAGACCAUCAUCAUGAAAACAUUGGUGGUGCAUCUCAUUCACAUGACCACCCUCACGAUCACACACGCCCCCAUCCCCAUCCACCUACACAUGACCAUGAUCACAGUGCUGACCACAAACAUGAUCACAAGCAAGAAGGAAAGCACAGCCAUGAUCACAGUAAAGAUCAUGGGCACCACCACACUCAUGAGCACCAUGAAGGACAAGGUAAAGCCCAUGGCCAUGCACACUCUCAUAAGCACAGCCACGAUAAUGACCAUGUCCAUGCACACCAUGACCAAGCCCACAACCACACACAAGACCAGGGUAUUCACCCUGCCCACCACAACUAUGGACAUGGCAAAAAUGAGACACAUGAGCAUGAUCAUGAGCUGGCUCUGGACCAUCAGCACAACCAUGGACACCUCCAUGAGCAUGAGCAUCAUCACCACCACCACGAGCACCCACAUGAAACCACUGUGAGGAAGCCAGAGGGAACUGUCGAAGUCCUCCCAUCACUGGAUAAACCCAUGAUCCUUCCUUCCUUUCCUGAUAAGAAAGAGAAAGAUGACAUUGCCACAGGCUUUCCCUUGCGCCCUGACCCAGAGAUACCAGGACAGAUGGAGCCUGCCAUUGGCAAAUUCCCCCAAACCCUGUCCCCCAACUGCCCAGCAGAGUUCAAGACCAAUAACAAGCUAAUUAUGGAUGCCUUUGCUGAGGAUCCAGCCUUUAAGGUCAAGCCAGCUGCAUGAAAUACUUCAGAACAGACUUUUGAUGUUUACUCUGUGUAGCAUAUGUGAAUAAUUAUUUGCUUGGUGCAAUAAAGCAUGUAAACCAA